AUGGUUUGGCUGAAAUGCUCGGCGACAGCAACGCGAUUCGGGGCGGAAUUUUGGAUCCAGCGAUACGAUUGGUACGCUCUCUCGAGGCUGAGAUCGUUCCUCAAGUACUCCGGCAAUGAGGCCGCUAGGGAUGGGGAUAAUCACGCAUUGCAGAACGCACCUGGGAUUCCGGAGCUGCUGGUCGCAUCUAAGGCGUGCAGCUGCUCCAGAGAUCUCGAGAUCGCCAGGAAAAUCCACACACAGGCGUGUGAUGGAUCGAACAUCUACUUGGCGACCAGCCUGGUGGAUAUGUUCGCCAAAUGCAGGAGCAUGAUCGAUGCCUGUGCCGUCUUCGACCGGAUGCCUUGUCAGAACGUCGUCUCGUGGACAGCGCUAGUUCUUGGGUAUGUGGAAAUUGGGAAGAAUGCUGUGGCUUUGGAGGUUUUCACGAGAAUUGCUGCUCCAGAUGCUUUGAGCUUUGUUGCGGCGCUGGUUGCUUGCGCGAACUUGGCUACGGCUGCUUCGGACGACGGUCACCAGCUCAACCAAGACAAGCUCCAGUUCUUGGAAACGGGAAUGGCACUUCACUCCCGUGCUCUCCAAGCUGGUUACGACGAAUCCAUUGUUUCGCUGGCGAAUACACUCAUCAGCAUGUAUGCCAAGUGUGGAAGCUUGGUCGACGCAAGGAUGGUUUUUGAUCGGGCUCCGCAGCACACUGUGGUGUCUUGGAACGCAUUGAUAGCUGGAUAUGUUGAGAACGGAGAGGAGGAACUGGGAUUGGAACUAUUCUGGUGGAUGGUCCAGCAGCACCAGCAUUGUCUACCGGACUCUCGGACACUUGUUGCUGCUCUUACAGCUUGCACCAGCUUGGUUUCAAAAGAAGACGGUGUUAAAGUCGAUGGGAAGUUGGUCAAGCUCAAGGGAAUGGAGCAAGCUAUGGCGAUCCACUCUCAGGCUGUACGAGCUGGACAGGACAAACCAAGUUUAUGUUGCGAGCAGUAUUAUCAACCUCUACGCGAAGUUCGUCGCGUGUAA